AUGGUCGUUCUAGCAGCCUCAAUCUGCACAAAAGGCAGCAAAGCCGUCAUUUCUCGCCAGUUCCGCGAUAUGACGCGGACGCGGAUCGAGUCUCUUCUCGCCUCCUUCCCCAAACUCAUUCCAACGAAUACGCAACACACAUCUGUCGAGACCGCCGAGGUCCGCUACGUGUACCAGCCUCUAGAAGACCUAUAUAUCCUCCUCAUCACCAACAAGGCGUCGAAUAUCCUCCAGGACAUCGACACACUGCACCUAUUCGCCCGGGUUGUCUCUGAUUUAUGCCGCAGUGCGGACGAGCGAGAGAUCUCGAAGAAUGCUUUCGAGCUCCUUGGAGCAUUUGAUGAGAUCGUUAGCCUGGGAUAUAGGGAGAACGUCAACCUCAUGCAGGUUAGGAGCGUGUUAGAGAUGGAGAGUCACGAAGAGAAGAUUCAGGAGAUCAUCGCCAGGAACAAGGAGGCGGAGGCGAAGGAGGAACUCAAACGCCGUGCCAAGCAGCUCGAGAUGCAGCGCAGAGAACAACAACGACGUGCUGCUGGUGGAGGUGGAGGAAGCUACCUUGGUGUCGGCGGGGGCAUAUCUGGCUACUCGCCAGUACCACGAUUCGAAGCUCCUGAUGCACCCACGUCCUCAAUUUCGCGUAGCAUUACAUCAACUCCGACACCCGCCCGUGGACCUGCCUUCAAAGGUACCGGCAUGAAGCUGGGAUCGAAGAAGACGAAACAAGCCGAGUUGUUGGAUGCUCUCGGCGGAGAUGUGCUAGCGAGCACGAAUAUCGCCGAAAUCAGUAGCACGACGAGCGCACCUGCUCCGGCUGCGCAUGCACCUCCUGCUGUGCAAAAAGUCAGCGGAAGGGGCAGUUUGCCCGAGGUCGAGGCGAAGAGCGUCCAUAUCAUUAUCAAAGAAUCCAUCUCGCUGUCGCUACUGCGUGAUGGUGGUGUCCAGUCCAUGGAGCUCAAGGGCGAUAUGAACCUGCAAGUGACUGAUCCAUCCCAAGCACAUCUCAAGGUCAUCCUCGCCCAGCCCUCGGCGGAUUUCGGCGGAUCGGCACUGCAGUUCAAGCAGCAUCCGAAUGUUGCCAAAUUCGCUCCGGGUCAGCAGAGGGUCGUUGCAUUGAAGGACUCGAGCAGGGCAUUCCCUGUCAACCAGAGCCUUGCGGUGUUGAAGUGGAGAUAUACGGGCACGGAUGAGAGCAACGUCCCGCUUUCGAUAAAUUGCUGGCCGUCGCCUUCGAAUGACGGAACAUGCGAAGUGAGUAUCGAGUAUGAGCUCGAGAAUGAGAAUGUCACACUGUACGACGUCGUCAUCUCCAUACCGCUUCCCGAUGGCUCCUAUCCAACCGUGACCUCCCACUCAGGCGAAUGGUCGCUCGACCCAUCCUCCCACUCGCUCGCCUGGUCUGUCCCCGAGAUCUCAGCAGAGGACGAAGAGACGAAGAGUGGCUCGCUCAUGUUCAAUGUCGGCGGUGUUGACGUCGCAGCCUUCUUCCCUGUCGACGUAUCGUUCAUUGCCCAGGGCAGCUUGGCAGGCAUACAAGUGGAGAACAUUGAGCGGGUAGACGGCGGCGAGGCUCCUGAAUGGAGUGUUGAUAGCUUUGUUACGACUGAUGAGUACUUGGUUGUGUAG